AUGGAACUCAACCGAGAACAUUUUCGCGCCAUAAUUUAUUACAACUUUCAGAGAAAAUUAUCGCAACAAGAAUGCCUUGCUGAGUUACUGUCUGUUUUCGGAAACGAAGCGCCACAUCAGUCGACAAUUUCCCGUUGGUAUGGAGAAUUCAAACGUGGACGGGUGAGUCUUAGCGACGAUCCCAAGGUGGGUGCACCAAAAACGGCAGUCACCCUGGAAAACGUCGAUGCUGUGCGCAAACUCAUCAUUCAAGAUAAACAUGUGACAUAUCGCGAGAUUGAGGCGUCCUUGAAUAUCUCAAAGACCUCAAUUAAAAAAAAUUUACAUGAAGAAUUGGGUGUAAGAAAACUAGUUUCUCGUUGGAUACCCCACCUGUUGACUGAAGAGCAGAAAGCAGCCAGGGUUAAUUGGUGUCAAAAGCGCUUGACCCGACAGUCGGCUGUUUGGGUGUUCCAAGGUGAAGAAAAGCUAACAAAAGUCAUCCGUUCUCGAAGUGUUUCGAAAAAGAUGUUUGUUGAAUGGAUUAUUGAACAUCAACAAAUGGACCCUGAUUUUUCAAGCAAAAUCAUCCUAAGCGAUGAAGCACAUUUUCAUCUUGAUGGCUUUGUCAAUCGCCAAAAUUGCCGCAUUUGGGCAGUGACUUUCUUUCUGCCAAAAUUAAAUGAUAUUGAUGUACCCAAUAUGUGGUUUCAACAAGACGACAUUUCCCGAUCGUGUGAUUUAACACCAUUAGACUUCUUUUUAUGGGUGAUCACCGAGCAUCGAAAAAUCAACCCCGAAAGAAGAAUCAUCCUCCACCAAGACAAUGCAAGCUCGCACACAGCCCAAAAAACAACGCAGUAUUUAACGGAAGAAAACGUGGAAUUAUUGAACCAUCCUCCAUAUAAAGAAGCAGUUAACGCAUUCAAAAAUGCCGUUUUGGAUCUGCCAGCAAACGAGUGGAAUAAGUGCUUCGAAAAUUGGUUCGAGCGCAUGCAGAUGUGUAUUAAUCUUCGUGGAGAAUACUUCGAAAACAAUAUCAGUUCAAAAACCUGA